AUGCCUGAUUCGCCCAUUCGCCCAUUGAACACACGUCGCGCUCGCACCUUCGAAGAGAGUCCGCGACGGAACUCCAUCCUCUCCGACUCCCUCUCAGAGGCCCGCAACUCCAUCCGCUCAUCGACCGACGACUUAUUUCUACCUCGUGUAGCAAAAGGUCAUGAUGCAAUGCCAGAUGAAGAAUCGAAUUGGCAAUCUGCACCCCUCGGACUAGCCCUGCUGCCCGCAAUUGCGGGCAUUUUCUUCCAUGAAGGUAGCUCCUUCGUCACCGACGUCACAUUACUAGUCUUGGCCGCUAUAUUUCUCAAUUGGUCUGUCCGGUUGCCUUGGGACUGGUACCGCUCAGCCCAAGCCAUCCGACGAGAAGAAAGUGGAUUCCCCGCGCAUGACGAUCCCCAAUUCGAGCUCGACCACGACCACGACGACCACAAACCCCAACACAAAGAAGCGGCAACCGCCAUAUCCGAGCUCCAAAUCCACGAAAUCGCCGCUCUAGCCGCGUGCUUCAUAUUCCCUAUAGUCGGCACAUGGCUCCUGCACGCCAUCCGAUCCAGCCUCUCCCGACCCUCCGAGGGCCUAGUAUCAAACUACAACCUAACAAUCUUCCUCCUAGCCUCCGAAGUCCGUCCAGUCGCCCACCUCCUAAGGCUAAUCCAAAAACGAACCCUACACCUCCAACACAUCGUAUCAUCUUCAACAGACCCAAUCAUCCCCCCAACAACCCUACAAGACCUAACAAAGCGCCUCGAAGAGCUCGAAGCCCACGUCGCAGAGACAGCAACCGCCCGUCUCGAAACCCAACUAACAGAAAAAGAUACCGAUACCCACCCCCUCUCUCCAAAAGAACAAGAACAAGAACAAGAACAAAAACAAAAACAAAAACAGCCUGAGACAUCCCCAUCCCUCGUCGCCAGCGCAGCCCUCGAAACCCGAAAAGCUAUCCAGCCCGAUAUCGAAGCCCUUAACCGCGCCGUCCGGCGCUACGAGAAACGAUCCGCCCUCUUCUCACUGCAGACUGAUCAGCGCUUCGUGCGUCUCGAGACGCAGGCCGGCGACGCGAUUGCCCUGGCUGCUGCUGCGAAGCGGUCGGCGGAAUCCCGGCGUCCGAAUUAUGCGCUCGUCCUGCUGGACUGGGCUUGCGCGUGCGUUGUUGUCCCUGCUCAGAUUGUGCUGUCGCUUGGUUGUUUGCCUGGGCGCGCGGUCGCGGGGUGUUGGGAUGCUGCGAUGCGUAUGCUUCCGGGGCGGAAAGUUGCGUCGCAGCAGAGAUCCAAGUUCAAGUCUGGGUCGAAGGGGAUGGCUGGACCUGGACCUGGACCUGGACCUGACAGGGCGGGAUCUUCGGGUGUGUAUCGGCAGGGUGGUGGGUUGGCACCGCAGCGACGGUCUGGGGUGAGGAAUGGGGAUGGGGUGUAA